AUGCCGACGAAAAACAAGAGCUUCGAAAUUGCAAUUGUGGGUGGAGGUAUAGCCGGCAUAGUCCUCGCCAUCUCCCUCAUCAAGCGAAACGUGCCAUGCGUCAUCUACGAGCAGGCACAUGCGUUCACCGAGCAAAGCGUCGGCUUGGGGGUGACGCCAAAUGCAGUGUGGGCCAUGCAAUUGUGCGAUGCUGCGAUCCGCGAAGCAUUUGACAAAGUGUCUGGGCCGCUGCUCCAGUGGAACAUUCUUGACGGAACAGGCGAGACAGACGACAGCAUCAUUCAAUUCUCUAUUGGCGAUGCGACCAGAGGAUUGAGGGGUUGUCAUCGCGGGCAGUUCCUGAAGGGUUUGCUUGGGCUCAUUCCCGAGAGCACAAUUCAGUUCAAAAAGAAGCUGGAUCGGAUCGAAGAACCACAUGGCGCCCACGGAAAGUUACUUAUGGUCUUCAGCGACGGUACUACAGCAGAAACGGACGCGGUCAUCGGCUGUGAUGGGAUCAAGUCCCUCACCCGUGGGAUUGUCGUCGGACACGACCAUCCGUCUGCGAAGUGCACUUAUUCGCACAAAUACGCCUACCGGGGACUCAUCCCAAUGCCGCAGGCUAUAGAGAUAUUGGGGGCGGAGAGGGCGACUGCUUUCGGGCUAUGGGUGUCUCACGAUGUACACCUCGUCAGUUACCCGGUCGCCCACGGCACCAUGUUAAAUAUUGCUGUCCAUUGCACCGGCGCCAGGGACUGGCCUAGCGAGACACAGCUGACGCUUCCUGCAGACCUGCAAAGCUGCCUCGAAGACGUGAAAAGACUUAGCUCUCGCCUUCAGAUGAUCGUUAAGUCCCUGAAGGGCCUUGACAGAUGGGGGCAAUUCGACCUUGGCGAGUGCCCUCCUCCGACAUAUGCCAAAGGCCGCAUUUGUCUCAUCGGCGACGCAGCCCAUGCUACCACGCCGCACCUGGGCGCUGGGGCUGGCAUCUGCAUAGAAGAUGCCGCAGUCAUGGCAUCGCUACUGGCAGUUGAUAGAGUCCGAGGCGGUCCAGACAUCGAAGCAGCCUUUGCUACGUUCAACGCAAAUCGUCGGGAGCGAGGCGAGUGGCUUAUUCGAAAUAGCAGGCGAGCCGGCGAGCUAGAUCAGCUUCAGUCUGAGCACAAGAAAGACUUCCGAAAGUUGGAAUCGGAACUCAAAUCGAUCACCACCAAAGCGUGGGGGUUUGAUGUUGAAAUGAACAUUCGAGAGGCUGUGGAGGAUCUGAAUAAGCGACUCUCAGCGGCCUAG